AUGCGGCGAACAUUUGUCGUGCUGUGGCAAUAUGGCAUCCACGCCCCCCGCGGCGUGGUGUACCACGGCGCCAAGAUGAAGCAUUGGCCGGAGCAAAAGAUCCCGGAAAAUUUCAACUUCACUGAGGAGCAACGCUUUAGGGCGAAGGCCAUCCCUCGCGACGUUGGGAAGAUACCCCGCGACUUUGUCCUCAGCGUCCUUUACCGCCACCAGCCGUGCGAGGUGAGCGGCCUCUGGGAGUACUGCACCAACGACCCCGGAGUGGUGCUCGACAGCAAGCGGCAUCUGCGUGAGGUGCUGCAGCAGGCAAGGGAGGAGGGCUUCGUGACCUUUGAGCGGGACCCCGUUUCGAGUGAGUGGCUCUGCUUCCUCGCACGGGAGCGCUUUGAGGAGGUGCGACAGAUUGCUGCAGCAAGGGCUGAGGCGUCGGAGGCCCACUCGGGACUGCGUGGCUUUAGCGCGACGGAGACCUCGGCAUACGCGGAGCGGUUUAAGGAGAUGAAUGACACUGCAAAGGAAGAGCACUUGCGUCGCCUUGAGGAGGAGGUGAAGACCACCACGAGACACCUGCGCUCGUUCCAGCGGAAGGAGGUGGACUACCUGCCGUACACGGACCUAAACGGAAAGGUCAACUUCAUGUGGUGGUACGAGACAAGGGACGUGCAGCAGAAGGGGGGCGAUGCACUCCCCGCCUCUAGCAGAGGCACCUUGACGGAAAACCCCGAUCAUGGCACCGCACGCCUUGGUAGCUGA